AUGGCUGCACCCAAGGUGAUCGUUCUAGGAAGCCUCAAUGGCGGGCUGCAGCCAGCCUUCACGAAGCUUGCGACGCUCCACUCCAAGAACAACUUUAGCUUCGCAAUUGUCACUGGCAACCUCUUCGGUGUUGACGACGAGAGCGCUGUCGAAACUCUUCUGAAUGGCGAGCUCAUAGUUCCCCUUCCAGUCUACUUUACCGUCGGUACUACGCCCCUUCCCCCGCGAAUCGUCGCGAAGAUCGAAGCCGACGAGGAAAUUUGCGAGAACCUCCACUUCCUUGGCAAGCGCAGCAUCACCAAGACCUCGGAAGGAAUCAGGAUCGUCGCACUUGGCGGAAAGCUUGACGUGGAAAUUGUGGGAGGACAGUUAAAGGAGCAGCAUUUGCCUUACCACACCGCAGAUGACGCGAAGUCUCUCAAGGGCGCCAACAAGGCGGACAUCCUUUUGACGACGGUCUGGCCCGCAGGAGUCUGGGCUGGAUCCAAGAUCGCGCUUUCCCCUGAAAACGAAGGGGCAAUCGAAAGCACGGCCGAAAUCGCAGAGCUGUGCGCGAUACUGAAGCCCCGUUACCACUUCUCCUCAUCCCCCGCCGAGUUUUUUUACGAGCGUGAGCCCUUCGUCCACCCCGCCGAGGAAAGAGAUGAGCAUCUUUCGGUCACUCGCUUCAUCUCUAUGGCCCCCUACGGGAACUCUGCCAAAGCCAAGGCGCUUUAUGCGUUCUCACUGACGCCCAACGAGACCACCGUUGAGCGACCUGCCAAUGCUACCUACACCCCAUUCAACGCAACGAAGCAAAAGAAACGCACGCAGGACGAGGGCUCUUACAGCCGCUUCGCCACCGGCGACGACGACGGCCGUCAUCAUCGCCGCGGAAACAAGCGCCGCCGUCAGCAAUCCCCCCCUCCUGGGCCGGAUCGUUGUUUCUUCUGCUUGAGCAACCCCAACCUCGAUACUCACAUGGUCUGCUCCAUCGGCGAAGACAGUUAUCUUGCUACUGCCAAGGGCCCUCUCGCCACGUCACGGACUUUUCAGGAACACGGUAUCGGCUUCCCCGGCCAUGUCAUUAUCACACCCCUUGCCCACACCCCGACUGUCCACCACUCGGGUGUUGAGAGCUACGCCCCUGAGGAGGCGGAGAAAACCCACAAAGAGAUGACCCGUUUCCGGGAGGCGCUUCAGGCCAUGUUGUCUACCAAGUCUGACCACAAGCUUGGUGCCAUCACGUGGGAAAUCAGCCGUGGUCGUAACAUUCACGCCCACUGGCAGUUCCACCCCGUCCCCGCCGACUUUGUCUACAAGGGGCUCGUCGAGGCCGGGUUCCGCGUCGAGGCCGAGAACCUCAAGUAUCCAGAGUUUGAGAACCGCGAGCUUUCCUACGAGGAGCAGGCUGAAUUUGGUGACUACUUCCGCCUUUGGAUCUGGGCCGACAACGGUGAGGACAGAAUUAAGGGUUCUAGUCUCGUCAUGAAGCUCGAUCCCAACAUGCGCUUCGAUCUCCAAUACCCGCGCAAGGUCGUCGCGAAGCUCCUCCGUCUCGAGAAGCGAUUCGUCUGGCAGGAUUGCGUACAGACGAAGGAGGAGGAAGAGCAAGACGUCGCGGCUCUCCGUGAGGCCUUCAAGGAGUGGGACUUUGCGUGA